GUUGCUCUGCCGUCACCUACUCUGUGUGAGCUUUCAGGUGCCCACUGACCAGAUAGAAGGGGAGGUGAGCAUCCACCGAUGCUCAGUCCCUUCGCAACGCACUUCGCGGCAACAUGUCGGUCUUGUGGCUCGUGCUUACAUUGCUCCCUAUCCUCGGGGGAGCGGAGCGUUUUAACUGUCGAGGACGAAUCCUGGGAGCAUACUACGCGGAUGCUAAAUCGGGCUGCAAAGCGUUCCAUGUGUGCGUGAGAGUGGCUGGCGGCGGUGUUCGUGAUUUCAGAUUCUUCUGUCCUCCCGGCACAUUAUUCCACCAAGAAGCCCAAACGUGUACCGACUGGGGCGACGAUGACCCCCUAGCAUGCCCUGCUGAUAUCUACGACGGUCAGUUUGAUCUCUACAAGAUCGGAUCCGGAUUUGAUACAAAAAAAGUGUCGUCUCCUGGAAACCGAGAAGAUGAACCUGAAUUUGGACUACAAGGUGCUGAAACUGGCGACCGUCGUCUCGCACAAAAUAAUGGCGCUUCCGACUUACGCACAGCUCACUCUUCUGAUUUCUUCAGUGGACAGCGAGAUCGAGGCCGUGACGAGUCAGCUCCACCAGCGCCUUCGUCAUUCCCUCCAUCCCGCCAGUCGUUCCGAAGGGCAUCCACGCCAAGAACUACAUAUCCAUCAUCACAAUACACAACCCCAUCUCCAUCAUCUCCCCAAUAUUCCAGCACUCCUCAAUACGAUGUUCCAAAACGAAAAGUAUUACGAAAGCGACCCCACCAUAUAUCAACACCUGUACCCACCACAACAACAACAGUAGCACAACCUUCAUUCCCUCCGUCCACAUAUGCCCCACAAGACUACUUCAUCCGUCGAAAUCCCUCGCAAAACAGUAAAGCACCAACAACAACAGUGAACAUUCCACCCCAAUAUAAAGAUGAAUAUGUUGAAGUGAGCAGAGUGACACCAAAGCAAAACAAAUAUUUCUCUAACAACCCAUCCACUACACCUUACACAUUUUUAACCCAAACAACACCUGAGAUUAAGAAUGAAGGCCUCGUUGAAUUAUAUAAUUACAACGGGGUUAACCCAGAUAAAAAAACAAACCAAGAUUCUCGUCCAUUUAAACUCCGAAAUAGCUUUAACGUACAAUCGGAUGUCUCAAAGCAAACGGAUUUUUCUAGAACAAAAUCAUUCAAUCAAAAUUAUAAUCGAGGCACACCUGGUUACUCUACCAAUUACCCGACGACAACAGUCGAUUAUAAUUCCGCGAGAGGAAUCAUAACCAGCACGCCUGCUUAUAGAAACUUCAACAGUGUCUCCUACGAGCCAGAAAAAAAUAAUUUCGUUUCUUUUCCUGCUGCAAAACAAAACUAUUAUAAUAACCCCACUACAACAUCUUCCCCUACCACCUCUUACACUACUUCCCGUCCUGAUUCCUUUUCCAAUUUGAAUACCAUUGCAUAUAAUACAAAUAAUGCGCUCAAUACACAGUCAUCAAAUUAUGCAAACAGUCAGGAAGAUGAUGGACAAUAUCGACCACCACAAGGUGAAGACGAUGGUCAGUAUAGACCGGAACUCUAUGAGAGGGAAUCGGAGCUACUAUCAGGCGCUCAUUCUCUCAACAUUGCAGCAAGCGGUAACAGGUUACCUGAUGAUCAAAAACCAGAGAAGGUACGAUCGCAAAAGCAAUUCGGAAAAGUAUCAACACCACGACCGUUCAGACCAGCUGUAUCAGUGACAACGGUAGCAAAUCAACAACCCGUAGAAAUCUAUACAAGCACUGCACGACCUUACUCUGAACAAACGACACACAGGACAUUUGAUUACUACCAGACUUACACGACAACUUCAAGACCUUACGAAGCGCCUUCCGGUCCUGCUUCGAAUGCUGUAUCCGUAAAUAACGCCGCCCCAAGAGCUACAUCGACCUUUGCUCCCAAUAAAUCUGAAGCCUAUUCAAAGAGCUAUGAGAACGUGCAACAAAACUUGCCUUCCUCGUCCCCAAGACCAAAACAUGUCCCACAUAUUCCUAAUCGUCCCAACAAAGAUGACUCCAGCUAUGACUAUGCGUAUUACGACUCUGAUCCCGACCGUUUCGCCGAAUAUGACCUAUUAGAGGAAUUUGGUAGGACUAACUCUAGAGGAUAACAAUUUCAUGCAUGUACUUACUCUUUCACUGCCAUUAAAUUAGUCUUUGGAUAAGCCAUUAGGAUAAUAAGUUCAUGCGUUGUAUUUAUUAUGAGUUUCGUUAAUCAGAUUUGUAUUUUUGUAAAUAAUUAUUUCAAUUAUUAAUUUUUUGACUGAAUUAUGCCAGUAUAUUGAGGAUGUAAACAAAAAACUUCAUUAUUAACACUUCUAUAGAGGCUUAUCCUAAUAAUUCUUAUACUAAAUUAUUGUGUGAUAUUUAGACUUUCGUGCUUGAUUAGAUAUAAGUUUAUAUAAUAUAGUUUAAUUACCUAAUUUAAUUGUCAUUAAAGUUCAUUUUGGAUUUGUCAUUUGAUGACUUCAUUCGCUAAAUCGUUAGAAAUAAUGAAGUACAAUGUGAAAUAAGCUUAUGAAGUAUUGUAAAAUAUUACACUGUAAAUAAAGUUUUAUAAAGACAA